GCGUUGUCGAUUUUGGCGUUCAUUUUUAACGAAAGGUGAAACAAACACGACCACACAAGCUCUGAGUGGCUCUUGUCUUCCUAGUCAAUGAGUAAAAGAUUAAUUCAUAUGUAAAUAACCUUUUACUCAUUGACUACGUCAACACACGGUAUUCUGUAACUUUUAAUUAGCAGUUUUUCUCUUGACACUUACGUAAGAUAAAAUAUGAUUGAAUUUAAGAGGAACAAAUGGGUUUUUGGCGUCCUUCUUUUAUUUUCUGUGUUGCUGAUAUUCAUUUACAUGGAACUUAGUCAAAGGGUCAUAAUUGAACAAACUAACAUCUUUCUUCCUCAGAUAAAUCCUUCGUUUGCUGCAUUUUGCAAGAGGGUUAUCGAAGGUGAUCGUGACACUCUUGAAGAAGCUAAAGAGAUUAUGGACCAUUCUUCAAAGCAUAUUACUUCACCAGAAGAAUAUAUGAAUCUGACAAAAGAUUGCAGUAAAUUUAAGAGAGUAAGAGGUUAUAUAAUGACAGCUUUAGACGCCAAGGAAAGAGACUUUCCUUUAGCUUUUAGCAUUAAUGUUUACAAGCAUGUUGAACAGUUUGAAAGACUUCUCAGAGCAAUAUAUCGUCCUCAAAACUUCUACUGUAUUCAUGUGGAUAAAAAAUCCCCCGAUAUAUUUUACCAUGCUGUUGAAGCGAUCGCUGCUUGCUUCCCAAAUAUAUUCCUAGCCUCAAAACGUAUAAACAUAUUAUGGGGAGAUUUCACGAUCCUAGAAAGCAUUCUUCUUUGUUCAAGAGAUCUUCUCAGUCAUGAAAAACCAUGGAAAUACCUAAUAAAUCUCACAGGACAAGAGUUUCCCCUUUGUACGAACAAUGAAAUUGUAGAUAAACUCCACAAAAUGAAUGGAUUUAGCAUUGUCCCAGCAAAACCGGCAAUCGAUAGCAAAACCAGAAAUCGCUUCCUCUAUGUUCACCGUGACUUGAAGAGGACCGAGAUAUUAAAGAAAAAGUUUCGUAUAAAUUUUACGUUUUAUAAAGGUUCUGUGUAUACAGUACUUACAAGAAUGUUUGUAAACUAUACUCUUUAUGAUAAACUGGCCUUAGAUUUCUGGGAAUGGCUUAAAGACACCGCCAAGCCAGAUGAAACCUUCUAUUCAACAUUAUACCAAAAUAUAAAACUUGAAGGACACAGAAAUGGUACCGUUGGGAACCCGCACACUCGUUAUGUGGUUUGGCACAAAGAUCGCUGUCAUGGUAAAACAGUUCGUUAUGUCUGUAUUAAUGGUGUUGGCGAUCUCAAAGCCAUAGCAAGAAGUCCCGCUCUAUUUGUGAAUAAAUUUUAUUUGGAUUAUGAACAUUUGGCUUUGGAUUGUUUAGAAACAUGGUUUCAGAAAAGAACUUUAUAUUAUUAUGCAUCUAAAAAAAAAAUUAAAAGAUGAAAUUAGUUAAAUUGUGCUGAGAGAAUGGAGCUUCCUGUUCAUUGUAUGUACGCACAAAAUGCAACUUGCAAAAGAAUAUGUACAGCUGUGUUAUAGAGGAGUUUAUAUACAUCAAUAUACAAUUUGUCAUUACCAUGAUUUCAGCAACCUGCACAGCCACUUGCUGGCAUUUUUACAAAAUACAAGUUGCCAUUUAAA